CUGCUCUACUCUGCUACACUCAAUAAUUUCAGAGCUACUAAAACACCUUUGUCGGCAGCAUCGAACGCACGACUUCGGCGGCCAGUUGAAAGGACUCAGUGGCUUCUCAACCAUGAUUCAAUUGUACUUGUAAAAAAACUCGGUGAAGGCGCUUUUGGCGAAGUGUAUUUGGCCGAAUACGGUAGCGGCAAAACCAAACAGGAGGUUGCCGUGAAAACUAUGAGGAAUGAGGCUACAAGGGAUGCACGUUUAAAAUUCAUGAAAGAAGCUCGACUAAUGCGAAAAUAUAACCACAAACAUGUGGUGAAAAUCCUUGGCGUAGCAGUACACGAGCAUCCUCUUAUGCUUGUGAUGGAGGUGUGCCCAAAUGGUUCUUUGCUGUCUUACUUGCGAAAAAACAAAGGAAGUACAGCUCUGUCAGAGAAGUUGCGUUUUUCAACAGAAGCUGCCGAUGGCUUAGCGUACUUGGAAAAGAAACUCUGCAUACAUCGUGAUAUAGCAGCACGAAAUUGUCUGCUAGGUGCAAAAUAUGAAAUUAAAAUAGCCGAUUUCGGCAUGUCAGACGAUAAAGUGAUCGUUCAUGAUGACACUUUAGAAAAGGCAAGGUUUUUCCGUAAUAUGUAA